AUGUCGAAGCAUAACGACGUUGAAUCUAGCGGUUGUCUCGAUACACCUUGCAUGGUUUAUGGAUUCGGCUGCAUCUAUUGGGCCUUUGAUUGCAAUACCUCCGGUUUGGUAUGCAAGGGAAAGAGUGAAGAACUAUGCAUUGUUCGUGAGGCAUGUCUAGACUUCAAUGAACCUUCACUUGGAUGGGGACUUGUUACUGACGAAACGAAUAGGGAGUUCUGCAAGGUUGCGGCACCUUGUUGUGCGGUUGGCCUCAAGUUUCCUGAAUACUGCUGCCGAAUUGGAGGUUGGUUUCUAUGUAUUAAAACUGUAGGAUCGCUUCCGUUUGAUAAAGACUACGUUGGAAAACCAAUAUGUGCUGUCGGAGGUGUUCAGUGUUUUCCAGAGUUCAGCUGCUGUGGGCGGUCUGGUACAGAAUCGGCAUGUCUAGAGCGCCCCAUGAAUGUCUAUUUAAUUUCACCCUCUCGCAAGGCAAUGUCUCGAGUCGACGACAGCCCUGAAGCUGGUGAGAAAGCUGGAAUUGCGAAUUACAAUGAUUUGGAGUGA